GUAAACAAUAACAAUAAAUGUUGCUCGAGAAUAUACAUAUGUACACACAUACAUAAAUACAAGUAUUUUGCUGUGUUGAUUUCUUUUAGCUGCGUAUGAAAUAAUAAGAACAACUACAUAAGCAAGUCUUUGUUGCUGGCACCGAUGUAUUUGUUGUUUUUGUUGUUGCACUGAUAAAACCCCACAAGAGCAGAAACGUAGAUUUUGAAGACGGUAUUAGUCAUACGUACUUGCGGCUGAAGGCAAUUUGAGCUUGGAUAUUUCAACACCCGCAUUAUGCCGAUAUUAUACAGUGUUAUAGCUCGUGGCACUACUGUGCUGGCAAAGUUUGCAGAAUGCGUCGGGAACUUUGGCGAAGUCACAGAGCAAAUAAUUGGACGAAUUGGCGUACACAACCACAAGAUGACCUACACACAUGGCGACUUCUUGAUACACUAUACUUGCGAGAAUAAAUUGAUUUACAUGUGCAUUACCGACAACGAAUUCGAGCGAUCACGCGCUUUUCUAUUUCUGGCAGAUAUUAAGCAGAAAUUCAUACAAACCUAUGGGCUACAGGUGGCUACGGCUAUUGCCUAUGCCAUGAACACCGAGUUUUCCAAGGUACUUUCACAGCAAAUGGUAUACUUCAGUCAAUCUCGCGAGGUUGACAGCAUCACGAGAGUUAGUGGUCAAAUAGAUGAGCUGAAGGAUAUUAUGAUUAAGAAUAUUGACAGUCUACGCGAUAGAGGUGAAAAAUUGGAACUGCUAGUAAACAAAACAGAAAACUUGAGCAAUAAUUCGGUUGCAUUCCGGAAGGCAUCGCGUAAUUUGGCGCGUCAAAUGUUUUGGAAGAACAUUCGUGUUUACGUUGUCGUCGGCUUAGUGAUCAUAUUUAUAAUCUAUGUAAUUGUUAGCAUGGCAUGUGGUGGUCUUGAUUGGCACUCAUGCAUUAAUUAGGAGGGCAAUGACCCAAUGGAUUUU